AUGGACCCAGGAGUUUUGCUCCAAGUUUUCAAAGGGCUCACUGAUACAAACGUCACCAAGACCGUCCAUCGCGAUGUAUACCCAGCCAUCUCCCCUUCAAGACCUGAGUUGAAUCAGGCUGGGAAGACUGUCCUUAUUACCGGUGGUGGUACGGGUGUGGGCUCCCAUAUUGCCAAGUCAUUUGUUCGAGCUUCAGCAGACACUGUUAUCAUCAUCGGGCGCCGUUUGGAGGUGUUGGAAGAGACCGCCUUGAAUCUCCAGGAAGAAGCCAAAAAGGUCGGCACGACUACAAAGAUCAUCACCCGCUCAUGUGAUAUUGUCGAUUUAGCUCAGGUGAACUACCUCUGGGAGUACCUUGCUUUCCAGGGAAUCACAGUCGACGUUCUUGUUGCCAAUGUGGGAAGGAGCACGGAGGCAAAGUCGAUGUUGAAACUUGGAGCAGACGAGGUCUGGUCCAGAUUUGAAGUCAACGUCAAAGCUUCCAUUUAUCUUACGGAGAAAUUCUAUUCCCAACCUAGUGACAAGAAAAAGUAUUUGAUUAAUGUGUCAUCUUCCGUGAUUCACAUGACGGCAUAUCCAGGAGUGAGCGACCGUCCUGCCUACUCUCUUACAAAAAUGGCGGGCACCUUUUUCUUCCAACUCACUGCUCAGAGUGUGGCGCCAGAGAAGAUGCAGGUGAUUAGCUUUCAUCCAGGCAUGAUUUACAGCACUGGAUGGGCAGCCGCAGGUCUCAACAUUCCCCGAGAUCUUUUCGAGAGUGACGAUCUCUGCGGUGGGUUUGCAGUCUGGGCUGCCAGCGAUGAGGCACAGUUCUUGCACGGCCGGUUUGCUUGGGCGUCCUGGGAUGUUGAAGAGCUGGCUACAGGCGAGCUUCGGAAACGGAUAGAUGAGGAUCCUUAUUUCCUCAAGCCGUCAAUCUCUGGUUUGAACGGACCAAUCAAAACUCAAGCCGUUUUUAUCACAUAUCAUUUAUUCGCCAUGGCUUCUCCACAGCAACUUCGUACUACUACCACCGAUCUGCUAAAGAUCAACCACCCCAUCCUCCUGGCAGGCAUGAACGUGGCCGCAGGACCAAAGCUAGCGGCCGCCGUCACCAAUGCUGGAGGUCUCGGCGUCAUUGGCGGUCUGGGGUACACUCCCGAGAUGCUCAAGGAGCAAAUAGCCGAAUUGAAGUCAUAUCUCGUGGACAAGAAUGCGCCAUUUGGUGUCGACCUUCUUUUGCCGCAAGUUGGCGGCAAUGCGCGAAAGACCAACCAUGACUACACCAAGGGAAAGCUUGAUGAGCUUAUUGAUAUUAUCGUUGAAAGCGGCACUAAGCUUUUCGUGUGCGCCGUCGGCGUUCCGCCGAAGCACGUUGUCGAGAAACUGCACAAGGGCGGUGUCCUAUACAUGAACAUGAUUGGACACCCCAAGCAUGUCAAGAAGUGCCUCGAGCUUGGUGCUGAUAUUAUCUGCGCGCAAGGUGGUGAAGGUGGUGGUCACACUGGUGAUGUUCCUACCACCGUCCUUAUUCCUACCGUCGCCAAGCUGGUGCAGGGCCAUAAGAGCCCCCUCACUGGCCAGCCUGUGCAGGUCAUCGCCGCAGGUGGUCUGUUCAACGGCCAGUCCGUUGCUGCCGCUUUGAUGCUUGGUGCCUCUGCUGUUUGGAUUGGAACUCGAUUCAUUCUGUGUGACGAGGCUGGUGCUCCAGAGGCUCACAAGGAAGCUGUUCGCACUGCUGGUUUUGAUGACAACAUCCGAACGAUUAUUUUCACUGGCCGCCCUCUGCGUGUGCGUAACAACUCAUACAUCCAGAAUUGGGAAGAGAACCGUACCCAAGAGAUCAAAGACCUGACCUCUAAGGGCAUAGUCCCCGUCGAGCACGACCUUGAAAAUCUUCCCGACGACGUCGACGAUGAGACCUUGGACAAUGCCCGUCCAUUCCUCAUGGGCAAGGUUGCGGCGGUUGUCACCGAAAAGAAGCCUGCAAAGGCUAUUGUCGAUGAACUUGUCACAGACGCCGUUGCUUGGUUACAAAAGGGAAACAAACUAAUUGCUAAAUUGUAA